UAAAUAGUUGUCUAACAAUCAGUAUUUUAUUGUAUAGCAAACCGAGUGAUAAUGAAAUCCAUAAUAAUUGCACUGGCACUUUUCGGUAUGGCCUAUGGCCUGCCCACCCUAACCCUGGGCGACCACGGUGGCUAUGAUCUGGGUCGUAGCCUGGAUUUGGGUGGCCUAUCGUGGAAAGGUGGCGAUGAGGGCAGUUAUGGCGGUUAUGGCAAACAGAUACUGAUCCUCAACGACAACAAAGGCUAUGCCAACAACUAUGGCAGCGGCAGUGGUCUUGAACUACUCGGCAGUUAUGGCGGCAACGAUAACGACAACUACGGUGACAGUAGUGAUCUGAGACACGGUAACUAUGCACCGAUGCCACAGCAACAAAUCAAAUUGGUACCGGUACCGGUCCCGGUAGCCAAACCCUACCCGGUCCCAGUGGAUAAGCCCUAUACAGUCAAAGUUGAUCGUCCCUAUCCCGUUAAGAUUGAACAGAUAGUCAAGAAGCCCUAUAUUGCCAAAGUUGAGCGUCCGGUCAUCGAAAAGACUAUUCACGUCCAGACACACAAAUCAUAUGAUUUGCAUUAAAUUGAUUGAUUGAUUGGUUAGGUUUUUACAGUUAGUUAUAUUAGUAUAUAAAGGGGAACGACAUGUAUAAUGAUAUAUAUGAGAAGCAUAUGUUGGUUAUGUUUUUUUUGAAUUAAUUAAUAAAUAAAAAAAAAUUAUUAUCUC